AUGUGCCUUGAACCAAUCUCUCUUGUUGUUUUCGGAUCCCUGGUGUUUUUCUUUGGCUUGGUGAAGUAUAUCAAACGUGGAGAAGGGCUAAAAACAAGGGCUGUUUUACAAUCAAAGUACAAGGAUAAGUAUUAUUACAGUAAAGAGGAAGAGGAAGAAAUGGGCGAACUGGCAAACGUGAAUGAAAUUCCGGUGAAGAUAAGAAACCAGAAGUAUCCUGCAAAAGAACAUAACUUGAGAGUUAAAGAUUUGUUGUUCAAACGCAAUUCAAAGCUGUCAAAGGUGUCCACUGCAUUUUUUAUUGCUGGCGAGGAAUUAGAAGGAAACAAGUAUUGUGACACUACUAGAGAAUACAGACAAAAUAGAUAUUUCUAUCAUUUGUCAGGUGUUGAUAUACCUGCUUCGGCGUUAUUGUUUAACUGUAGUACAGAUAAAUUGACAUUGUUUUUGCCAAACAUCGAUGAAGAAGACGUCAUGUGGAGCGGUAUGCCUUUGAGUUUGGAUGAAGCAGUGAGAGUAUUUGACGUUGAUGAAGUCUUGUACAUAUCUGAUUUGGGGUCGAAAUUUAAAGAGCUGGAAGACUUUGCUAUCUUUACCACCGAUUUAGACAAUGUUCAUGAUGAGAAUAUUGCAAAAUUACUAAUCCCUUCAGACUCUGACUUCUUUUAUGCUAUGGAUGAAACUAGAGCGAUUAAGGAUUGGUAUGAAAUUGAGAUCAUCAGAAAAGCUUGUCAGAUUUCAGACAAGAGUCAUUUGGCCGUUAUGUCUGCGUUGCCCAUCGAGUUGAACGAGUUACAAAUGCAAGCUGAGUUCGAAUACCAUGCCACCCGUCAAGGUGGUCGUUCUUUGGGAUAUGACCCCAUUUGUUGUUCUGGACCGGCGUGUGGGACAUUACACUACGUCAAGAAUUCCGAAGAUAUCAAAGGUAAACAUUCCAUUUUAAUUGAUGCAGGUGCAGAAUGGAGACAAUAUACAAGUGAUAUUACCAGAUGUUUCCCGACCUCAGGCAAGUUUACUGCGGAACAUCGUGAAGUUUAUGAAACCGUUCUUGAUAUGCAAAACCAAGCAAUGGAACAGAUCAAACCUGGUGCUAAAUGGGACGAUUUGCAUGCAUUGACACACAAAGUCCUUAUUAAACAUUUCUUAAGUAUGGGCAUAUUUAAGAAAGAGUUUUCUGAAGAUGAAAUCUUUAAAAGAAGGGCUUCUUGCGCUUUUUAUCCCCAUGGACUAGGCCAUAUGUUGGGGCUUGAUGUACACGACGUUGGUGGUAAUCCAAACUAUGAUGACCCAGAUCCAAUGUUUAGGUACUUAAGAAUUCGCCGUCCUUUGAAAGAGAAUAUGAUUAUUACCAAUGAACCAGGUUGUUAUUUCAACCAAUUCUUGAUCAAAGAAUUUUUAGAAAAGCACCCCGAAAGAUUGGAACUUGUCGAUAUGAACGUGUUAAAAAAAUAUAUGUAUGUUGGUGGUGUUAGAAUCGAAGAUGAUAUUCUUGUUACUAAAGAUGGUUACGAGAACCUAACUGGUAUCACUUCUGACCCAGAUGAAAUUGAAAAAAUCGUUCAAAAAGGUUUAAAGAAAACCCGUUCAGGUUUCCACGUAGUCGUUUAA